GCAGGCAGUGUGGCAGAAGGCACAUGUGUUUCCAGAGUCAACAGCGUGCUCAUUGUUAGUCCAACCGGGCACAUUUAAAGGAUCUUUAUCAUGUCAUUCCGCGGGGGUGGUGGUCGAGGUGGGGGUCGUGGCGGUGGUUUUAACAGAGGUGGUGGUCGUGGAGGUGGAUUCGGAGGUGGUCGUGGAGGUGGAUUCGGAGGGGGUCGUGGAGGUGGAUUUGGAGGGGGUCGUGGAGGUGGAGGUCGAGGUGGAUUUAACAGAUAUCAAGACUUUGGUCCACCGGAAUAUGUUAUCGCUGUGGGAGAGUUCCUGCACCCUUGUGAGGAUGAAAUUGUCUGUAAAUGUGUGACGGAGGAAAACAAAGUCCCCUACUUCAACGCUCCUAUAUAUCUGGAAAACAAAGAACAGAUUGGAAAAGUGGACGAGAUCUUUGGGCAGAUUCGUGAUUUUUAUUUUUCAGUCAAACUUUCUGAAAAUAUGAAGGCAUCCUCCUUCAAAAAGUUACAGAAGUUCUACAUCGACCCCAUGAAGCUCCUGCCCCUCCAGAGAUUCCUCCCCAGGCCUCCAGGUGAGAAGGGGCCGCCCCGUGGAGGUAGAGGAGGAGGAAGAGGUGGAAGAGGAGGAGGCUUCCGUGGAGGUCGUGGAGGAUUUGGCGGACGUGGAGGUGGCAGAGGAGGUGGUGGUGGAGGGUUCAGAGGAGGCCGAGGUGGAGGCGGUGGACGUGGAUUCAGAGGUGGAAGAUGAUGAAGGACUCAUAGGGUGGGAUCUGUCCUUUCAUCUGCUGUGGAAACCUCCGGUGAGAAGCCAGAAGCAGCAUUUGGGGCCUUGCCAGAGUCUUUUGACUGUUAAUUAAUGCCACUCUUGUACAGCUGAACUUUUUGUAUUAUAAAUGUAUUUUCUCAGCAGUGGAUUUUUUUUAUUUGAUCUACUGAUAGGACUAAUGUUUUAAGUUGCCACAUGUCUGUGUACAAGAGGACGGGAGUCUCCACAACCUUACGUGGUUGGUUUUCAUCCACUUGCGUUUUUACAUUCGCUGGAGGUUGGACCAGUAUCUGCUUGAACAACGUAACGUAACAGGUUGUGUUAUGUAGUGACAAAAUGGUGAAGCUAACUCCACAAAUAAUGAUGUAAAACACUUUCAUUGUUGGAUAAUAAUGGAUGUCUGCAUUUACAGAAUUGCAAAUUGUUUCAGUUGACCUCCAGAUGCCACCAUGGACUUGCAAAA